AUGGAGGAGUUUAUUGGAGGGAAAGAUGCCAUCCCCUCUCAGUACCACCACCCUAGUGCCAUCCCUACCUGUGCCACCCCUCCCAGUGCCACUCUCUCCCACUGCCAUCCCUCUAGUCCCACACCUACCCAGUGCCAUCCCUUCCAGUACCACCCUUGCCACCCCUCUAGUCCACACCUCCCACUGCCACAUUACCAGUCUAGUCCACCCACACCUAUCCAGUGCCACCCUUCCAUUGCCAUCCCCAUCAGUGCCACCCUUCCAGUACCAGGCCCUAGUGCCACCUCCUCCUAUGCCAUCCUUACCUAUGCCACCCCUACCAGUGCCACUUCCUACCAGUCCCACCCUUAUCAGUGCCACCCAUACAGUGUCACCCCUCCUAGUACCAACCCUCUAGUGCCACCCCUACCAGUGCCACUCCCUCCCAGUGCCACCCAUACUAGUGCUACCCCUACCAGUGCCACUUCCUACCAGUGCCAUUCCCUCCCAGUGCCACCAAUACUAGUGCCACCCCUAUCAGUACCACCCCUACUAGUGUCACCUCUCUAG